AGGCAUCGAAAUUCAAUGCACAGCUCUGCUUCUCAUACCUUUUUAUUAAAGAGUCCAUCCUUCCGUUUGGAAUUGUUUUUCCAAUUCCCAAUUCUCUCGUUCGUUGGGCUCCCUGCGAUCCAAUCCCUCGUUCCAUCCUCGUCGGGUUCUCUCGCAGCCCGCUCGUCUCCCCCGGCGGCGCUUCUUUCGGUUUUGAGAGUAGAAAGGAAAGAAGAGAGUCCCGAAACGAAGGAGAUACACAACUCUGCUUUUCGCAGAUCGGUGGCUCGGUGAUGGCUAGGCCGUGUUAGGCUGCAGAUCAUGAAGCUAGUUUGUAGGAGUGAGCAUUUUGCAAAGAAAAUGGUUGAGGACAAAAAUCCAGCACAAGAUAUGGUAGACAUAACUGGACAUGUAGUGCAUGAGAGUGCUUCUUAUGACAAGGAUGUGGUGGAGAUAAAAUUGCCAGACAGUGAUAUUUCUUCUGAUUAUUGUGGUAAUUUUGUCAAGGAUGUCUGCAUUGAUGAUGGACAACCUCCUCCUCGGAAGAUUUCAGAAGGAAAAGUAGCAGAUGAAAAGCCGUCUCCAAAUUUUGAUUAUCAAAAGAUACAUGCAAAUGGUGAUCCAAGAUAUGGUGUAGCAGAUUACGCGACAAAAUCUGCCCAUGAAGUAAAACCAGAAAUAGUUCUACCUGUUGGCUUUGCUCCUGAUAGUAACAACGAGAAACAAUAUUCGUCUAGAGAAGAGUAUGAUCUUGAAGGAAGGAGCAAGCUCACUAACAUUGCUGGUGAUCUCAGUGAGAAGAAAAUAAGUUUGGAAGAAUUACUUAGACUUGAAAGUGCAGAAGAAUCCCAGCAAAAAGGCGCAGUAAGCUCUGAGAACAGUCAAAACCAUAUGCCCUCUCUUCAUGGAGAAGCAGUUGGACAGGUUUCCUUAAAUGAUUGUUAUGGAAUUGAAGCUAUUGCAUCGGAAACCAGUGAGCUUGUUAAUAAUAAUGUAUAUAGUAAUGAGGAUGCCGGUGAUUUCCUGGCAACAACGUCCAUAGAACGUGAUGCAGCUGCAUCAUUCGAUGCGCGAGGACCGAACCAAGUUGAUCACUAUAAUCCUUUUGUUGGUCAUGGGUCACCAGAGGGUACAUGUCAACCUGAGUGCUCUACAUCAGCGGACAUAGAUGCUGCUUCCACUGGACCCAUCUGCACUGCUGAAAAGACUGAUGAAGUGAAAACAGAUGAACCCAGGAUCGAUGCCCUGAGUUCGAGCAUCACAGAAAGCAAAUCAUCAGAGAAGAGCAAUGAUCAGGAUGAAAGUAUUGCAAUUGUGCAUGAGGCAAUAACUGGUGAGGUGGAUGAAACAGCAGUAGCUACAACAUCAUCAACUAACAAUUUAGAUCCCAAUGCUGCAAACGGGGACAAUAAUAAGAAACUGGAGAAUGAUGAUAUCACUCCUGUACAUGAUUCCACCCAAAGUGAUGAAGGAAGUUGCCUGGACACGAUGAACCAUGACGUGGUUAGUAAGAGUUCUAUGCAGACAGAAAAAGAUAAUCUGGGUGAACAAAUGGUAACUAAUAGUCCAAAAGUAACAUCUGAAAUUGGACAUGGCUAUCCACCCUUUGAGCCAGGCUUGUUCGGGCCUAGUAUUAUGUCAGCUCCGGUGUCAAACUCUGGUCAUAUUGCUUAUUCUGGCAACAUCUCUAUUCGGUCGGAUAGUAGCACAACUAGCACCCGGUCGUUCGCAUUUCCAGUACUGCAGAGGGAUGGGAUCAGCAGCCCGGUGAGGAUGGCAAAAGGAGAGCGGCGGCGCAUCAGGCGGCGGCGCAGCUGGAGGAAGGGUCUUCUCUGCUGUAAAUUCUGAGGGUGCAUAUUUUUCCUUCCACCAUAUCCUGCUUCCUUUUACCAAUGAUGUUGCAGGUUAAGUUAAGUUGAUGGCUUGUUGGAUUUAUCAGUGGCUUGUAAUUUUUAUUAUUGGGUGAGUAGAGAAGUGAAGAGGUAUAUAUAGUUGUAGCGCCGCAAUCAUGUUUUGGAACUCGGUGCUAUGCGAGUUGCCGCAAAAAUUAAAUUUAUUGGUUUUGGUUGUUUGAAAGUUGUUGCUUGAUUCUGAUUCCAAAGA